AUGGCAUCAGGGCUCCUCCACACCACAGGGGACAAGAUGGAACAGCAGAUGAGGCAGGCGUCAGAGAUGCAAAUGUACUCCUCCUCCUCCACCUCGUCCUCCACCCUUACCUCAUCCAUGAGCUCCACCAAGCUACGAAAAGUCUCUCAGGGUUUGUCCAGGACCAUGGAUGAACACUCAGGGGUCCAGCGUAAGACCUCAGCUGUGGUGGAGUCCUUCAGCCAGGUACAGAAAUCCACCCACAUCCCUGAGGGAGAGUCUGUCCCAGAUUUUGAGGAGAAACUGCGGCCCAUCACUGCCCAAGAGGGUGACAAUGCAGUGUUCAAGGCGAAGGUGACAGGGAAUCCCCAGCCCACUGUCAGCUGGGAACGAGCCAGUGGGUGUCUGCUGUCUGAUGCGUCAACUUUCUGUGAUAAGAUCAACAAUCAGUAUAUACUUAAGAUUAAAAACCUCACACUGGGGGAUACUGAUGUCUACAAAUGCAUCACUUCUAACCAGCAUGGAGAAGCUAUCUACUCUGUAUCACUCAUUGUUACAGAAAAUCCAGCGCUGGACUUCAAAAAGAUGCUGAAGAAACGUAGUGUUGAGAAGAGAGAGGAGAGGAAGCCACCUACAGAGGAGGAGAUGUUAAAGAUCCUGGCUGGAGCUGACAAGAAGGACUACGAGAGGAUCUGUGCUGAGCACGGCUUCACUGACUUUAGAGGCAUUCUCAAGAAGCUAAAAGAGAUGAAGAAGAAAGUGGAGGUGGAGAUGGUGCAUGUGCUGAAGCCCCUGGAGGACAUCACUGUCAAAGCUGACACCAACGUCGUGUUUGACACCAUCCUGGAACUGCGGGAUCCAAACAUCAGGAUGAACUGGUUUCUGGGUGCGGAGCUGCUGCGGAUCCAAUACUCUCAUGGGAAAUACGAAGUGAAACAGAUGGGAACCAAGCACAUGUUGUGCAUUUCUAGCGUGAGCCUCAGUGACAUGGGCACCUACGCUCUCCAGGUUGGAGACAAGAGACUGUCAGCCAGGCUUAAUGUCAUAGAUGAACCUCUGAAAUUCCUGUCUGACUUUAAGCCCCAAAAAGUGACAGAGCGCCAGACUGCUGUGUUUGAGAUCCGUCUUUCCAAGAAGAUAGACGCACCACUCAUAUGGAAGGUAAAAGGAAAGGAAGUGAAAAGGGAUGAAAAGUUCGAAGUGUCCCUGUCUGAAGAUGGUCUGACCUAUACCUUGAAGAUUAAAGAUGUGAAAGUCAGCGACACUGGAGACUACACCAUCAGCAUUGGAGACCUCACCGCCACUGUGCCACUUUUCAUUGAACGGAUUCCUAUCAAUUUUACCAGCCAGUUGAAAAACGCCUGUGUGAAGGAGAGAGGCAUUGCCCGCCUGGAGUGUGAGAUGAGCUCCAAGGACGUGCACAUUCGCUGGCUGAAGGAUGGGUGUGAUGUCACAGCAAGCCGUCGCUAUAUCUUCAUGCGUGAGGGAAAAAGGGCAGAGAUCAUCAUCGAGGACUGUGAGCUGACAGAUGAGGGGAAGUACUCCGUCGUCUGUACUCAGGACAAUGACUCACACGAAUAUGUCACCUCUGCCUAUCUGACUGUGGAUGAGCGAUUUGCCUCAGUGAAGAGUGGUAUGUCAGAUGUUCAGUGUCCAACAAGCUCCCCUGCAGAGCUGUCCGUUGUUCUCGAUGAUGAGAAGGUGGAUGGAGUGUGGCUGAAGGAUGGACAGGAGAUUUCAGAGAAGAGUGGGGUUCAAGUGUUCAAACAAGGAGCCGUCCACAAGCUGAUCUUCACAGGUGUGACUAAUGCCCAUGAGGGCAAAUACACCUUCAGAGCCAAGGGGGCAGAGAGUGAAGCUCUGCUCACCAUUGCAGACCCUCCAGAAAUUGAUUCCUCUGUGCUGGACUUAUUGGGUGCCCAACCUGUGACUGUGAAGGCAGGGCAGACAGCCACCAUUAAGAUCCCCUUCAAAGGCAAACCACCUCCCAAGGUCACCUGGUACAAGGAUGGUGUGGAGGUCACAGAAGAUGAGAGGACCAAAGUGGAGCGGACAGCUGAUGGCACCUCACUGGUGCUCAGCAGAUGUAUACGAGAAGACAGCAGUGCAAUUAUGCUUCGCCUAAAGAGUGACUGUGGCACUGCUGUUGCCAACCUUCACCUCAAUGUGAUUGACCAUCCUAAGCCUCCUCAAGGGAAAGUUGAGUUCCUUGAGCUUUCAGGAAAGUGUAUCAAGAUGAAGUGGAAGGCUCCCCGGGACAAUGGGGGUAAACAGGUGACCAGCUUUGUGAUUGAACGCCGUGUAGCAGGGAAGAAGUCCUGGACCAGAGUUGGAGAAGUGGACAGCAAUACCACAAUCUUCAGCAAUGACAAUGUGGAGGAGGGGCAGGCGUAUCAGUAUCGCAUCAGGGCUGUCAACACGGAGGGAAUGAGUGACCCCCUCGAGACAGAGGAGGUGCGCGCUGGAGAAAUGAUAGAGCCUCCAGGCAUGGCUUCCCAGCCACAGGUGUCGAACAUAACCAAGGACACCAUGACAGUGAGCUGGACUCCUCCAGCCCAAGAUGGCGGAGCCUCAGUUCUGGGCUACAACCUUGAGAGGAGGAAGAAGGGCAGCAACAUGUGGUUGCAGGUCAACAAGGAACUGCUCACAGAUUCUAAAUGUGUGGUGGAUGGGCUGGUGGAUGGUGUGGAGUACGAGUUCAGAGUGACCAGUGUAAACAGGGCUGGAGCAGGCAGUCCCAGCACCAUGUCUAAUGCUGCCCAGGCUAAAGACCCAAUACGAGCUCCUGGCAUGGUGAGGAAUCUGUGUGUUUCUGACUCUACAAACUCCUCCAUUUCUCUGAGAUGGACACCUCCAGAGCAGGGACAUGAGCCUUCAGGCUACAUCCUAGAGAUCCGCCCUGAAGAUGCUAAAGAGUGGAUGAAAGCGUCUAAGAUCCCCAUCACUGGUACUGGCUAUACUGUGGGAGGACUUCAAGAGCGUAUGAAAUACCACUUCCGUAUCCGGGCUGUCAAUGAAGGAGGUCUGGGGGAGCCCAUUGAGCUGUCGGAGGGUGUACUGGCUCUGCCACCUCCUGCGGCACCCAGGUUUAACCUCCAUGGGAAGCUGAAGAACCAGAUGGUGGUCCGUGCUGGAACAUCUCUCUGCCUUCACCUCAGCUUCAAUGCUUCACCUCCACCAGUGGUCACCUGGUUCAAAGAUGGCAUCCGCACCACAGGAAGAGAGGUCAUCACCAGCAGCAAAAAUCACUCCCAGUUCCUCAUUUCCUCCUCUCAACGGUCUGACUCUGGUGUCUACCGUGCCCACCUGAAGAACGACUAUGGAGAGGCUCACUAUGAUGUUAAUGUCAGGGUUGCAGACUUCCCUCGACCUCCGAAGAACCUCCGCCUGGUGGAGGAGGUCCCGGGCACUGUGACCCUGCAAUGGGAUCACACCCCAGACCUGGCUGCUGACGAUGAUGAGGGAGCACAUUAUGUCAUCCUUAAACGAGAUACCAGCACCGCUUCCUGGUUUACGGUUGCUGAGCGCGUCUUCAGCAGCAAGUACACUGUCACCGGACUGCUGCCUGGGAGGAAGUACUACUUCAGGGUCAUUGCACAGAGCUCUAUUGGAGAUAGCGAUCCUUUGGACUCUGAGGAGCCUCUCAUCAUUGCAAAGGAGAAAGAGUGCAUCAGCAGACUUCAGUUGAAAGAAUAUGCUUCAAGAUCACGUCAGGUGAAACCUUCUUUCCUGCUGCCACUGAAGGAUCAUGCUGUACACAGAGGCCAUGACUGCACCAUGAGCUGUGCCUAUCAGGGCAUGCCAACUCCAAAGGCCUGCUGGUAUAAAGGGGAAACAAAGAUCUCUGACUCCCCUCGGUUUUGGCAUAGCACAGCCAAUGGAGUGUGCACCCUUGUCAUCCCUACUUGUGGAGCUAAAGAUGGAGGUAAAUACACGCUGGUCCUGGAGAAUCCACUGGGGAUGGCCAAGUGCUCCUGCAGCCUGGUGAUCUUUGAUAAAGAUGACAAGAGCCUGCUGGAGAGUCUGACCAACCAGGCAAACAAAGAUAAACUUAUCUCAUAA